GACUUAUAUGUUUAAUCGAUUUUUAGUUUUAUUUUUUGUCAACACAAACAAAGGUUUUCUUUAUUAUAUGAAGGAGCACUAUACACACCUCUUCCGUGGAGCCCCAGCCAUCAAAAUUCCUGCCUUUUUCUUUCUCAUCGGAAAAUAUUGUUAGGGUUCCGAUUCAUCGUAUGUUGUUAGAUCCGAUCACAGUUCCAAUUUUUAAAGAAGUUAUUUCAGUCGCUUAGAUCUCGAUUAUCCUAUUUUCAUUUUCCUCAUUUGAUUCUGAGAGAUUGUAAUCCGUGUUCAUGUUCUGUUUUGAAUUCGAUUUUCCCUCCAUUUGAUUGUUGAUAUUAGAUCUUGAAAAUUGGCUCCCCAAAGACGUUCGCAGCGCCACAUGGGCGGCCAGAUGCAGCAGAGCAAUGCCGCGGCGGCGGCUGCUGCUCUGUAUGAUCAUGCCGGCCCAGGCACCGGUGCCGGUGGUGGCUCGCUGCACAAUGCAGGUUCCGCUAGUGACGCUGGCGAUGCGGUCAUGGCGCGAUGGCUUCAAUCCGCAGGGUUGCAGCAUCUGGCCUCUCCAUUGGCUAACACCGGCAUUGACAAUCGUCUCCUUCCUAAUCUUCUGAUGCAGGGUUAUGGAGCACAGUCAGCUGAAGAAAAGCAACGGCUUUUCAAGUUAAUGAGAAAUCUCAAUUUCAAUGGAGAAUCUGCUUCUGAACCUUAUACACCUACUGCCCAUACUUCAGGUGGAGUGUCUGCGUCUGAUGGGUUUUAUUCUCCAGACUUUCGAGGGGAUUUCGGAGCUGGGCUGUUGGACCUUCAUGCUAUGGAUGAUACAGAACUCUUAACCGAGCAUGUUAUGCCAGAAUCUUUUGAGCCUUCACCAUUCGUUCCCAGUGGCACUAGAGCAUUUGACAAUGACUUGAAUGCAGCAACUGGCACUCAGCAAAGGGGACAACCAGAAGCAGAUGUGCCUGUUUCAUAUUCUACAAAUGAAAAAGAGACCCCAAGAGAAAACAAUGUGGCUAAGAUUAAAGUAGUGGUACGAAAAAGACCUUUAAACAAGAAGGAGCUUUCUCGGAAAGAGGAAGAUAUUGUAAAUGUAUAUGAUAAUGCUUAUUUGACUGUCCAUGAACCUAAGGUUAAGGUCGAUUUGACUGCUUAUGUGGAGAAGCAUGAGUUUUGUUUUGAUGCUGUUCUCAAUGAGCAUGUCACCAAUGAUGAGGUAUACAGGGCUACUGUUCAACCAAUAAUACCUACCAUUUUCGAACGAACAAAAGCUACUUGCUUCGCUUACGGCCAAACAGGCAGUGGCAAAACAUAUACAAUGCAACCAUUACCUCUUAGAGCUGCAGAAGACCUUGUUAGAUUGUUGCAUCAGCCAGUCUAUCGGAAUCAGAGAUUUAAACUGUGGCUUAGCUACUUCGAGAUAUAUGGUGGAAAGCUAUUUGAUCUUCUUAGUGAAAGAAAAAAACUUUGUAUGCGAGAAGAUGGAAGACAACAAGUUUGCAUUGUUGGCUUGCAAGAAUUUGAGGUUUUAGACGUACAAAUUGUUAAAGAAUUUAUCGAGAGGGGUAAUGCUGCUAGAAGUACAGGUUCCACUGGGGCCAAUGAGGAAUCUUCGAGGUCACAUGCUAUAUUGCAACUUGUUGUGAAAAAGCACGUUGAAGUAAAAGAUUCAAGGAGGAAGAUUGAUGAAAAUGAUUCCAAACAUGGGAGAGUUGUGGGGAAAAUCUCUUUCAUUGAUCUCGCCGGUAGUGAAAGAGGUGCUGACACUACUGAUAACGACAGACAAACAAGAAUUGAGGGAGCAGAAAUCAACAAGAGUCUUUUAGCUCUUAAAGAGUGCAUCCGUGCUUUGGACAAUGACCAGAUACACAUACCAUUUCGUGGAAGCAAGCUUACAGAAGUCCUUCGCGACUCCUUUGUUGGAAAUUCAAGGACAGUUAUGAUCUCUUGCAUUUCACCAAAUGCAGGGUCAUGCGAACACACACUCAAUACUUUGAGAUAUGCAGAUAGGGUAAAGAGCCUGUCUAAGAGUGGGAAUGCUAGAAAAGAUCAAGCUACAAAUAUACCUCUUCCAAGUAACAAAGAGGUUAUAUCAGCAUUACAUCAGGUAUCUGGUGAUGCAGAAGAUAUUUACGAGCAACAACGUCAAGAGGUGAAAGUGGCAGAUACAGGUAGAAGAGUUACAGAAAAGGACAACUCUUUCUACAACUCUAGUGCUGAUUUUGAUAAGCAAUCAGGAAGUCUGUCAUCCAGUUACCUUCCUAAUGGAAGGGACGAAAAAGGGAUUGCUUCUGGUUCAACGGAUCGGGAGCGGUUUGAAAUGAAAAAUUCCUAUGGUGAUUCUAAUAGCCAAAGAAUGUACUCUUAUUCUCAGAACUCGGGUGAUGUGGAAGACAAAGUGCAAAAGGUGUCACCACCUCGUAGAAAAGUACCCAGAGAGGAAAAAUCCGAUAAGUUUGGAAACUGGCUGAGAAAAGAUAGUGGAUCAGAUGUGUCUUCGACAGGUUUAAGGCCACCACAAACCACUGGCAAUUUCAAUUCAUCAGAUGCAUCUUCGACAGGCUUAAGGCCACCGCAUAACACUGGAAAUUUCAACUCAUCAGAUGUAUCUUCAACAGGUUUAAAGCUGCCCCAUAACACUGGCAAUUUCAACUCAUCAGAUGUAUCUUCGACAGGUUUAAAGUUACCACAAAACAUUGGUAAUUUCAAUUCAAGUAAUGCUGGGUCAAGGCGACAUGAGCAUGAAAGUGCUGAUGGGAAUAUUAAUGCCAUACUGGAGGAAGAGGAGGCCUUGAUCGCUGCUCACAGGAAAGAGAUUGAGGAUACAAUGGAGAUCGUUCGCGAAGAAAUGAAAUUGCUAGCAGAAGUGGACCAGCCAGGAAGUCUCAUAGACAACUACGUGGCUCAGUUGAGCUUUGUUCUGUCUCGAAAGGCUGCAAGUUUGGUUAGCCUCCAAGCUCGUCUUGCAAGGUUCCAGCAUAGACUUAAGGAGCAAGAGAUACUUAGCCGGAAAAGAGUACCCCGCUGAGGCAACAUUUCGUGUGUAUAAUGACGGCCUUCGUUUUCUCUUUUGUAAUUUCUCAUCCCAGCUUUUGUUUUUAUCCUUGGUACAAAGGGAUCGAAAACAAAAAAAUAAUUUUUUUUAAUUUUUAUUUUCGCCUCUACACAGUUAGGAGCAGGAGGGUAUCUCUGAGAGAGGAGAGUGCAGACUUGGGCUGUGCACAUCCAGGCGGCUGUUCAUGUCUCUUGUAGUGUUGUUGUAAUUCGUUUAUAUUUGCAAGAUAAGUCUGAUGAGGUUCUUGCCAGGUUUUAUGGGUUGUGUAAUAGGGGGCUGUUUUGUUAAAUGGUUAAUGUGAAUUUGAACUCAAAUAUUUUUAGGAAAGAAAAAAGAAAUUCAAUAGAUUCGUUUUUUUUUCA